AUGAACAACGCGACUCAACCACGAGACCCGGCGCACCCGCCGCCAUACUCGGAAACUCAAACCCGACGUCGAGAAGAAUGGGAGGAUUGGGAAGACGACGAACCCAUCACACCGAUCGAUGCCGGUGAGCAAGUCUUUCCUCCUCCAUUGAACGUCGGAGCUAGAAAUUCGAAGCUUGCCGCACGACGAUCAUCGAGAGCUUCUGCUACAAGAAUCAAUCGGGUCAAGUCACGUCAAAGACAAAAGGCCCAGAAUGCAAAGGCUGGAAUCAAGCUCAUCACCGACAUGUCGUCUUUUCGACGUCAAAAUUACAUGCCAACGCCGGUUGAACGUACUGGAAAGUUUGUUGAUGCGGCUGCCUUGAAGGCGUUGGAAGGUGAACCGACUUCGGCUUCGGUAGGGAACUGGAACUGGUUCAAGAAGAGUAAAGACCAAAGCCCAGCCACUGCAUCAUCGCAGUCAUCAGCCAGACCAGCUCAGUCAGCUCUCACCCUGGACAACAAGCUUUCACCAGAUGAUAGACCUAUUGUUAUUGGCCUAGCUUUUUCAUCUGAAGAAGCGAGUAUCGUUUCCCGAUACGAUACCACUCCAACACCCAUCGAGCCCUCAUCACAACCGUACCUGCCUCGGAAUCCUGUGAACAAUUCAUCUUCGCCUCUGGUACCUGUCCAGCAGAAAUCUGUGUGGUCACCCGACACCCCGGAUACUGUGUCCUCAUUCAGCACCAUUCGCUACACUUCCAGCAUAUACUCACAGUUCCCGUCUCCCGGUACGACCACGGCUGGCAAUGUCCCUCCCGUACCAGCCGUCCCAGCAAACUUCAAGAAGUCAGCUCAUCAGAGGCUCAUCAGCUUGGAGCUAGGCGGCAGAACUCCUGAUGAGUCCGACGGUGGUACGCCAUGCACGUUGUUCGAAGAAGAUGGAACUCCAAGCCCAUACAAGCAAGUCAAGGCAAAGACUUCGGUACUGACGCCCGACAGUGCUGCAUCCAAGUCCCGUGGAUGGUGGGAUCACCAUGUUGUCACUCCUUUUAUGGAGAACCGACUCACAUUCACUACCAGCCCAAAGAUGUACACUGAAUCUCCAAGGAGUGUUCGAGGAGAUGAAUGGUGGAACAAGCCGGAGACAAAAAGCCCACAGGGAUAUUAUCUUACACCAAAGUUGGAUCCUGCUUCAUUUCAGACACCCAUUGUCAAAGCCCCAACACCACGCCGGACACCGUCGCCUCGUAUUGAGCAUACUCAGGAGAGCGAAUCUGGCCCUUCCACCGCAAGAGCAUCUCCAGUUCCCGAAGCCACCACUAUGUCAGAAAAACCUCGGAUUCUCGUAACAGAAGAAGAAGAGAGCGUCGGCGAGCAGCUUCCUGCGUAUUCGCCUCCAGAAAAGACAAGCCAGACUGGCCCUAUCAGAUACAGAGCAGUCUUCCCACCUGGACAUCCGCUCCAAAGUCAAUUCCCACCAUCUCCAUCUCCAGCUCCUGCAUCUCCAGGCCCCAUAUCUCCAGGUCUCUCGUCUACCAUGUCCUCACAACGAGCCGACCAGAUGACUGAUAUCCCGCUCACGCCCGCUCCUCGAGACAACUUGCGUCUCUCGCAAAUGCCCCUUCCGACACGCCCCUUGGGCACGGCAGCCCCACGUGAACACCCACACAGCGAUGCUGGUUUUGUGUCCAAAACCGAGCGUCAGAGACGUCGCAACGAAAAAGAAGAAUCUAUUGCUCGCCGCCUGGGCAGCUUCUGGAGAGGCAGAGGAUGUGUCCCGAAGAGAGGUUGUUUUGGCCGAACAGGACGCGAGGGUCGUCAACGCCGUCGAGUCUGGAUGAUUGUUCUGGGAGUUCUUCUCAUCCUCAUCAUUCUGGCGAUAACCCUGGGCGUAGUUUUGACGCGACCCAAGCAUUCGGAAGAAAUGCCAUCCAUUUGGGUUAACUUGACAGACUUUCCACCUAUGCCAACGGGAGACCUGUCCAUCGUUGGACCCGACAAUACUAUGGAAAGAAGUGGCUGCACUGAGCCAUCCACCAUGUGGAGCUGCUCUCUUCCCAAGGAACAGCACGACUCCGUGAAGCCUUACAAGGCCAACCAGCCUACUAUCAUGAUGCAAAUCCAGUGGGAUAACAGUACCCGUGAGAACUGGAAAACCCCCAACGGAGAUGCGCCGCCUUCGGUCAAGGCACGUCGAAGCAUGGGAAGUGCCGUGAAUGCGGGAGACAUAAUCCGAGCACGGCAGACACCCGAAUUCAAGCCCAGUCCUAACCCACCUGAAUUCAAGGAAAUGUGGUUUUUGGGAAACACUACCGACGGAAUUCGGUCUGAUGAUAAAGGAGGCGAGCCAACCCCCUUUUACAUCAGCUUGAUUGACCCUGCCGAAGACGAUGAGCGUAAAGAGCUUGCUAAGCGACAAAAUGAGGCAGAGGGGAACUCCAGCAUCCCUGACCUCCGUAGCAUCCUCCCACCACCCGACCUCAACCAGGAUGGUACUCCUAAGCCUGCAGUACUCCUUCCACAGCCGGUUCAACAGCCAGUUCGUCUCUAUGAUCGCGAUCUUCCAACGGAACACUAUGGGUUUUACACAUAUUUCAAGCGAACCAUCUUCCUCAAGUCCGCAGGGGUCCUCAACGACACCAAAGAGGGCGAUAUCCCGCUAGAUGAGGAUGGCGGCUGCAAGGAGACAGAAGCAGAUUUCAUUGUGACAUGGGCCGAGACGCGUCUGCUCGUUCAGAUUUGGACACGCAAGUUGGCUGCCAACACGUCGCAACUAAUCGAUUCUGAGGAGAAAGGCGGCAUCGACGGCUCUGCAGAGCUGAUUCGACCAGGAACGAUGCCGUACCCUGUUACAGUCACCAUGGACACACAUGGAGGAGACCGAGAGAAGAAGUUUGUCUGGUCUUGGCCUAUCGACGAUAGACAAAAGAUCGACGAUGAGAGUCCCAAGCGGCUCGUCAACAACAUUGGGGUGGGCGGACCGUGGAUCAACAUCAGAGCUGGAGGUGACGAGAAACUUGGCGGAUUCGACGGCGGGACCGGAGGAUGCAAGUGCGAGUGGAAAAACUGGGUAUAA